AUGGAUAUUAACGGAUACCGUUCCUUUGCAAUGGAAUUAUCUCCACCGGCAUCGAAUCUACUCCGCUCACAUUCUGAUCGUGAUCUGCAAUCCAAUGAACGUCGAUUGACACGAGCGAAUCUAAAGAGUUGUUCUUCAGCGUCGGAUAUUCCACUUCAAACUGCAGCGACAACAAACACAAACGCAAUAAUACCUCCGAGUGCAUCGGUACCUAACUCGCCACUUCUAUUACCAUGGGAUCGACUACAGAAAUGGCUGUACGGAAUUGCCGUUGUGACGUUCGAUCUGGAAUUAGGACAAUCGAUCGAACUUCUUCUGCCCACUCAUUGUAAAUUAACAGAUAAAGAAAGACUGAAUUUAUCUUAUUUGUCAUUCCCCGAUGCCAACUCCACGUUUCUUGGCGACACACAAUAUCAUUUUCGUAUAAGACAUGAGUCAACCUUACCAAGUUAUUAUCAAUGCUACAAUUCAAUUGUUCCACCUGCAUUACAAGUCGAUCCGAAUUCCUUAUUCGGCUAUGUACACUUUCGUCAAAUACGUGACAAAAAAGUGAAACGCGGUUAUUUUCAAAAAUCACUUGUCCUUCUGUCAAAACUACCAUUUAUAUCUUUGUUUCUGUCAAUUGUCAGUGAACUUGGUCCAAAUUAUUUUGAAUACGGUUUGACUAGUCUCGAAACUUGCUGCCAUCUAAUGGAUCAUCAGUGGCCUGAUCCUGAACCAGGCAAAACACUGUUAUUACCUCUGCUGGGCAAUGUUCUUCAAGUGCGCAUUCCAACCCAUGGUGACAAACCGUUCUCAUCUUCAGAUCUAAUACAAUUUCGUUCGAUUGUCAACGAAAAUGGAACGUCAAACAGUAGUAAUUCGAUCAAGCUUCCUAUUGAUGAUGAUGUAGAAAUUGAAACAUCAUCUACAACGAGUUCUCUCACUAUCAAAACUCAAAUUUCAACAACUACAGAUCAACAUACAUACACAUCGUUUGAAUUUCUCCAAAAACACGAACAACAACUACCUCGUCUGAUUCCAUUUGUAUACGAUGUGAAUACGUAUCAAUCACUGUCGUCGGUGUUGACACAUAUACAACUUUUAUGGGAACUGAUUCUAUUGAAUGAACCAAUUGCCAUUCUCGGCACUUUUCCAACUUAUUGCUCACAAACUGUGCAAGCUCUUGUCCAUAUCAUCUGGCCGUUACGAUAUGCAUCUGACUACCGUCCAUUCUUUACUAUUCAUAACAGUGAAUUUCAAGAGAUUACAUUUAAUUCUUCGAAAAAGUCUUCGAAGAAACCCUCAUUUCAACAGUCGAUUAUUAUCGGUGUAACAAAUCCUUUUUUUGCUAAACUUCUUCAUCAAUGGCCGCAUAUCAUUCGUGUUAACGAUCAACAGCAAGAUCGCUUGAAAUCUCGAUACAAUGAAAAUUCCCUUUGCGUCGAACAGAAAGACGCCAAUCUUUCACUUCAUGAACUCGAUGAUAACACUGAUUUAUCAUCAUCACCCCAAACAUUAUCCACAAUAUUGAAAAAAUUUCCAUCUAACUCUAAGCCAUACAAACGUUCACGUACAAUUAACAACAAUUCUUCACAUUUAACAUUUGAUAUGAAGCCUGGUCUCUAUACCAAAUACAAACCGUAUCUUCAGCGCGAUAAAACCAUUCUAAAAAAACUUCAAUCAUCCAACUCCCAACAACGUCCAGAUACGGUUCAAAAUGCUUUGAUACGUCGUUUCUUCCUCGAACUGACACAGAGUUUUAUCAUUCCACUCGAACGAUAUUUCGUCAGUCUUCUUCCAUUACGUAAAUUUUAUCAACCCAAUCGAAAACCGCCUACCAUCAAAGACUUCGACCAGGAAGAAUUUCUCAAAACCCUUGAUCAUUACGGGCCACAGUUAACAUCGGGUUUGAAAGGCGAUUGGAAAGAUCUAUACAAACAGUUUCUGUUGACACCAAACUUUCGUCUAUGGCUGGCUGAUCGACAGCAGGAAGGCAAUGCCAAGAUUUAUUCAUUAUACAUUGAAACAAUCGCCAAUUGCCGAUUGGAAGAAGAUCUGAGACUUUCGAAGUUAAGCGAAGUUGAAUUAGUUGACUUACUACUCAAGUUUCAUGAUCUAAUCCAACGUUUAGAAUCGAAAACCGAUGAACUACUACUGACAAUUGAUCAAACGAUUAAGAAUGAUUGUUUAGAUAAACUACGCACAAAAACAAAACAAAUUAUUGAUGAAAAGUUGUCUGAAGAUAUGAAAUUAUUAUUUAGUAAACAAGUCAAACUCUCCUACUAUUAA